CCUUGUUGAAUAGUUGUUAAUUUACGUUCCUGGUUCCUUUCUUUCUGGCAUUUGCCGGCUUCUUUGCACAUCGUUAGAGUUUUAUCGGCUGAGGUGCGGGCAAAAAUAAAAUGACGGAGUCUGUUUUUGCGAAGUCUGUAAGAAUAGCGGCAGUUGUUUCACUGUAUUGGUAAGAAAAUGGCUCAGACAAUCGCACAUAUAAGAAUGAUUUGUCAAUUUAGGUGGUGAAGCGUUGCCACGUUGUAAAACUUUGUAAUGAGCUUCCAAAUUUUAGGUUCCAGCUAUUAAUUUUGCUGUUUUUCUGUAUCUUUAGGGUGAUUUCCAUAUCCAUGGUGUUUUUGAAUAAGUACUUGCUAAGCAGUCCGGAUUUGAAGGUAAAAAUAAUUUCUGUGAGAAAAAUUUUGAAAUGUUCAUCAUAUCUGCCCUAGUUUACGCUUAAUUUUAUUUUUGUGAAUAACUUAAUAAAUGUAGAAGUAAUGGUAUACCGCAGAAAUCGAUGAAUUUAAAAAAGAUCCAUUUUACCAAUUAAUGUCAGAUCUCUGUUUAGGAAGUGAGCCUGACCUUUGGUAAGAUUUUUGUGUAACCCGAUACAUUUACAUGCAUACAAAAAGUCAUGUUUCGACCCUAUUCAUAUUAAACUAUUUGUGAUUCCCUUAGGAUUAUUCCACCCAAUUGUCAAAUUCCAGUGCUGUGUCAGGUUCGAGUCUCGCUCUGGCCACUUGCUGGAUCUGUUCUCGCUCGUUCUGAGUUCAAAUCCUUGGCCAGCCAACUGUUUGUCUGCUGCCAGUUGGGGUUUUUAAUCCUGUCAUGUUGUAUUUGAAUUAUUUUCUUCUAAGGCCAGGUUCAGACACCGCUCCACUCAUGUGCCGAACCUAACUGAUGAAUUAAGUACAGCAAAAGAGCAGUGUCUGAAUCAAUUUGGUCUGUCAGUUUUAGUUAGGUGCGGCAAAAGUGUUUGGUGUGGCAAAAGUUUGACAGAGUCUGUCGAACUGAUGAUGAUGAUGAUGAUGAACUUUAUUCAUGUGUCAAUGUAUUUAGCUGAUGCUAAUUGGGGAGACAACAGAAAGAUAAAGUAAAUAAUGAAUAAUAUGAUAAAGAAGAGAUAAGAAAUAAAAAGCUAUGUUAUAAUCCUAUAUUAUAUAUACAUUUACAAUAUGCUAAAAUAAUCAAAACAAUAAGGAACACGGAACACUAGGAACACGGGCACAACUUAAGAGGUACAAAUUACGCACACGGAACAACUGUUGUCGAACUUAACUUAAGUUUGGCACACGGUGCACUGUCUGAAUCAGAUGUCGCACCAGUGUCACUCCAAAGUUGAACUUAUUCAGUUAUGUUCGGCAUAUGAAAAGUAUGGUGUCUGAACCAGGCCUAAGUAUUUGAGUGGAGUACUUGUAAACUAGCUGCAUAAGCUAAAUGCACUUUCCACUAUAAACAAGCCUUUAAACCUUUUUAUUAAACCCAUUCACUAGGCCCUUUGCAGCUAGUCAUUUACAUGGUCCAAACACGCCAUGAUGAAGAAAAAGAGAUGCACUUAGAAAAGACAAACCAAGGAGAAUGUUGUGAGCUCUUCAUUUGUCUUGUUCCAGUGCAUCCCUUGCUCUCCAGCAUGGCAGUUUUGUAGCAAUAAUAAUUAUUAUGUUAGCCAUGCAAAAUGUGCUUCUUGAGUUUUUUCAAGUUUCACAUUGUUAUUGCUUACCUGUUGGGGUAACUGUAGUCCUGCUUUUAUCCAAAAGUGACGCAAAUUAUGGUCCCCUCCACCUAUAUUUUUUAACUCAUCUCCAAAUCUCAUCUAGAGCCGAUUUUUGAUAUUCACUAUGUCAUAAGCACUUGGGCAACUUUGCUUUUGACUCUGAUACCAAUUCUGUCACCAAUGAAAACCCACAUUUAGAGUUAAAAUCGCUACCCCCACAAAACAGGAUACUAAUACCUUUUAGGAUACUAAGCCUGUGCCAUGGACAGAACUAAUCCUCUGUUUAAGUCCUUCUUUGAGCCAGCAUCCAAAGCCUUGUGCUAGUUCCUUCGCUGUGUAAUGGAAUUUGAGUAUGCUCCAUGGCUGGCCAGUUAAAAAGCCAUUGUUCAGUUGGCCAGUUAGGUUAAAGGGAAAUUCAAAACACAUGUGGUAAUUUUUUGAGUCUGCUUCUGGCCAGAACAAGAAUCUUGGUGCUGCUUCACAGAAGUUACUAGCUGGGGUUAGAUAAUGUUUCGGAGACUUUUAUGCCGUGUGGAGUGUCUUUGGCAAGCACCCCUUUUUUCCUUAUAAACGAUGUCUGUCCUUUCAGCGUGACUGCUUUGUAGAAAAUCUCCGAAUGAGGAUGCUAUCUGCAGUUAUUUGAUUCUGUUUGUUGGUUUGUUUUCCUUUUCAGCUUGAUGCACCAUUGUUUGUCACAUGGUUUCAGUGUGUAGUGUGUCUAGUUUGUUUGUUUCUGCUGAGUUUCCUUGGAGAAGAUUAUCCCUGGAUAGAUAAGUUCCCAGCUUUUUCCAUUGACCUGAAAGUUGCUAGACAGGUGGGUAUUACAGCACACAAUACUGAGGUAAAUCUCCAAAUUAUACUGCCCUCAUCAUUAUUUCAAAUAUCUCUUUUGCCUAGGUCCUCCCACUAUCAGCUGUUUUUGUUGGAAUGAUCACCUUCAAUAACUUGUGCCUCAAGCAUCUUGGUGUGUCCUUUUACAAUGUUGGAAGGUCACUAACAACAGUUUUCAAUGUGGUAAGAAAAAUGAUAUAAUAAGUUAUUCCAGAGGAAAGAGUUCUUCUCUUAACAAUGUACAAUUAUUAGGGUUUUUCAUUUUGUUUUGUCUUUUUUUUGUUAAAUUAUUAAAUUUUGUAUUAGCUAAAAAAAAGUCAUAAAAUCACCCAAUCCUCCAUCAGAUAUUUUGCUGGCAGACAUCUUAGAUCCAGAAUUUGAUACAACAGAAGUUCAUAAAAGCAUAAGCUAACAAACAAGGCCAUUGUUGGUUCUCUUCUUUGCUCCAACAGAUUUUUCUCUGGGUACUCCGGUUUUCCCCUCUCCUCAAAAACCAAAAUUUCCAAAUUCCCAUUCGACCAGGAAUCAGGUAGACGAAGAACCACUUUGUGGACGUGCUACCUCCAAAUCAUUAUUAUUUAUUUAUUUAAAUUUGAGUGCUGUUACAGUGGAACCUUGAUAUCACAAAGGGACAACGGACUGGCAAAAUUUGUUUGCCAUGGUAUAUAUCAAGGUUAUUUCUCGUAUAUUUUACUAUUACUUGGGUUAAGAAAAUCGUUUGUUAUACUGAGGUCUUCUAGGGGUUAUAAUAGAGGUUCGUUAUAUCAAGGUUCCACUCUAUGGAAUAAAAAUUAUUUGUAAAAUCCCACUAGUGUUCUAUUAUCAAUGCUGCGUUCUGAUUGGUUGAACUACUACUAGGCUAUAUGUUAUAGUCCACUAGUAGCGAAAAGUGCAGGCUUUUUGACGGCAAAAGAGGAUUAAAAUCUAGCUUCAACUAGCUAAAAGUUUUUUAUUCUCGAUAUUUUUGACCAACUACAGUUGGAUUUUACCAAAACAAUAAUCAAUUAUUCCUCUCGCCCUCAUGGCCUCUGAGUCAAUAGCCAAUUCAGCCUUCAGCCUCAUGGGCUAUUGACUCAGAGCCCAUUCGGGCUCGAGGAAUAAUUGUUAAAUAUUAUUGCCAUGAAACAUGCAGAGCUUACAGACAACAGAAAGAUGAAAGUUGUUCAUUAGUUAUUGCUAAGAAAGGAAACAAAAAAAAGGUACAGUAAAAAUACAAGUAAUUAUAAGCAAUGAGGAGAAUGAGUUUACCUAUAUUUCUUUUAGAACUGCCGUAGAAUCCCAAUUUUUCAAACCUUCUUGGCACAAGCAAAUAGGUUUAAGUUAUAACAAAGUUAGAAUAAUUCAGCGUAAAUCACGAAGUGUCAGUUCGAAUUAUUGGGAGUUUUGGAAAACCAAGCAUUCAAGAAUUCAGGAUUCUACUGUAAUGAAAAAAACUUGUUUUAAAAUCAAGACUUUUAUCUUUUACUUUUUUCUAGAUCUGCACAUAUAUCAUUCUUGGCCAAAAGACGUCUAUCAAAGCCAUGCUUUGCUGUGCCAUAAUCAUUUCAGGUUUUCUAUUGGGAGUUGACCAGGAGGGGAGUUCAGGAGAGCUCUCAUACAUGGGUGUCCUGUUUGGUGUGUUGGCAAGCCUGUGUGUUUGUUUGAAUGCAAUCUAUACCAAAAAAGUGCUGCCUUUUGUCGACAAUAAUAUCUGGCGCCUGCAACUCUACAACAACUUUAACGCAAUUUUUCUGUUUCUGCCACUUAUGGUCAUCUGUGGUGAUGUCAAAGCUAUGUAUGGUUUUGAAAUGAUUACAUCCGCGUACUUUUGGGGAAUGAUGACCUUAGGCGGUAUUUUUGGAAUUGCAAUUGGAUAUGUGACAGGUCUACAAAUCAAGGUAACAAGCCCAUUGACGCACAAUGUGAGUGGAACUGCAAAGGCCUGUGCCCAGACCAUUCUGUCAGUCACCAUUAAUCACGAAAUAAAAACAGGACUCUGGUGGCUUAGCAACAUGCUGGUGAUUGGUGGGUCAACUGCUUAUACUGUCGUGAAACACUCAGAGAUGAAAGCUCAACUCAACCAAGAGACCCUACCAACCAAAGGCAAUGGAGACGAGAAACGCGGUGAUAAUGUUGUUUAAAUUCAUUUUUCUGUCCCACAGGACAUAAACAAGAACUAAAUAAUAAUAGUAAUUAUUAUUUAGGAAUUGUACAAAAAAAGUGAAGUGGCUUUGAUAAACUGGUAGAUACUACAUGUACAUUCAAUUGCUUUAAGUUAUGUUUGUAAAGGAAAAGUUUGGUGUGAUGUAAGUUCACAUGGGGCCUUUUAUCCCACAUGCCCUUAGCUUAUUCACUCUAACCCUGCCCUAAUAUCCACAUACAUAUUCUCCGUACUGAUCACCAUACAGUUUAUUGAAGAACUUGUUAAGAGAACUUGUUUUAAGAUCAAAGUAUUUUCAUUUAGGUGGUGUUUUAUUAUUUCUCAUCCUUUUCUCUUGAUCUAAUCUAAUCCUACUACUUUUUUGAUGUUCUCACUUCCGUUGCCAUCGUCUUUGGUUAAGCUCCCUAAUAAAGCUCUCCAUUACUCCUUUAAGCCCCAACAGUGCUCAAAAUCAAUUUCCAUAGACUCUCAUGAGCAAAGUCUAUGAGAAUUAACAAUAUGAUUACAAAGAGAAAAAUAUUUGAUCUUUUACCAAAUUCUCUUAACUAAUUCUUCAAGGAAAUGUAUGGAGAUCAGUUUGGAGAAUUUUUAUGUGGAAUUUGGGGCUUAAAGGGUUAACAAUAAUUGUCAUUGUUAAUAGAGAGCUUUAGAUUCUAAGAUGAGGACAACUACGAGAAAGAGAUUUUCCCAAUACUAAGUAGUGCACUUGUGCGAACUAAUGUCAUUUUGGCAGAAAAAUGCGAUAGCCAUCAUCAUUCUACUACGAGUUUUAUUAAGAAUGUUGUAGGAGCAAAUUUUAGGAAUUUUAUCAUUUAGCGAUCAGGAGAGGGCUUUGGCUCCUUCAACGGAAAUAACCUAACUAACUUUUGUGGUGAAAAAAAGUAUAAUGGUGCUUUCCGGGGUGUCUAUUUUAAGAGAAUAGGCAUGGAAACUUAAAGUUAAAUGUUGUCCCUGUAUUCGUCCUCGCCCUCGAAUUGAAAAUUGAUGUUAGUCACUCUUGGGUUACAAGUAAUCUGGAAGUGCCAAGAUAGACCUUUUUACCGAUACGGCGGCCAUAUUGAAUUAAUUGGAUUUAAGGAGUAUUAUGGGAUGCCCAGGGGGCAUCAGUACGAUCUGAUAUACUGGCAUCAGAAAGCGCACGUAAAUACUGAGCAAGUGCCCCCCCGCCCCGGGCAUAUCAUAAUACUCCUUAAAUCUAAUCAAUUCAAUAUGGCCACCAUACCAGUGAAAAGGUCUAUUUUUUUUCCCAAGAACAUCAAUUAUUGUUAAUUAAUUCAUCAUCAAGAGAGGUUAUUGGAAUGAAUAAAUAAAUGAUCACCAAAUUCAUUUAGUGCUUUGACCUUUUAUCAAAUUCUCUCAGCUAAUAUUCUUUAAGGAAAUGUACAGAGAUCAGUGUAGAGAAUUUGUAAGGUUGAUAGUGGGGAUUCAAGGGUUAAAGUUAAAUUUGUUUAUUAAUGGCAUUACAAUAUGUCACAAGGUGUAGAUAAUAGUCGUAAGGCCUUAUUACAUUUUAUGGUUGUUGAAAACUGGUUUAAGCCAAUACAAAUGUCAAUUACUUUUCUGCAGUGUGUAAAUAACCAUUUCAUUUUUUUUUUAGUUAUUUUGGUGUAAUAUUGUUACUCAUGCUUUGAAUGUCUAUCAUUGUUAAGGGAAUAAAUUAUUCUUUUCAAAUUGGCAGCUUUGAAACUGUCACUUUGAACUUAUAAUAUGUUUUAGAAUUCUGUUUAUAGGUCUGUGCUUAGAUGGGGUUAAUAGCAGUUUAAAGUUUAGAAAUGCUGUUAGCUGGUAAUAAAAAAAAUUGGAC